UCCUUGCGACAAAGAGUGACCCAAAGCUUGAUCAUGGCGGAUUCCGGCGGCGGCGGCGGCGAAUCUUCUAGAUUCCGGUGAGUUCAGGUCUCAUUCACAAUCACUGCAAGCAAAAAAAAAAUGUUGUCUUUAUUUCGUGAUCCUCACAAGAUAAACCCACUUGGGUCAAUUUCAAUUUGCCCCAAAGUUGAUGGGUUUUUCUCUUUUGGUCCGUUUAACUCCAAUCUACAAAAAAGAUGGAAGAAACCUGUAGAUUCUGCUCAAACCCGGUUAGAGAACAGAACUAGAGACCUCAAACUUGACAAGCUCAUGCAUCAAAUGAAGAGAUUGAGAAUAAUCCUCAAAUUACAUGAACUAAUGUCAAAAGCUAAAGAUGGGUACACAUCUGUUCAAAUAGUUUCGAGGUGGAGGAACAUUGUUGGGAUUCACACGGGCGUCGGCGAUUUUCUGCGAAAAUAUCCGCAUGUGUUUGAGAUUUACAGACACCCAAGUCGGAAGAAUGUUUGUUGUAGAGUUUUGAAGGAUUUUAAUGAGUUGGUUAUGGAGGAAGCUAGGAUUGUAGAAGAAUCUAGCGAUGAGAUUGCUGAGAAGGUGAAGAAGCUGCUUAUGAUGUCGAAUCAAGGGUCGCUGCAUUUGCAUUCGUUGUGGCUUGUGAGAAGGGAAUUGGGCUUGCCCGAUGAUUUUAGGACUUCGAUUAUUGAUCGUUAUCCAGAUGAAUUUAGUGUGGUGUAUCCGGAUACAGUGGUUUUGGUUCGACGAGAUGAAAGCUUGGCUGAAGCCAAGGUAGAGAAGUGGAGGGAGAGAGAGUAUAUCGACAAAUGGUUAAGUGAAUAUGAAACAAAGUAUGCAUUCCCGAUUAAUUUUCCAACGGGUUUUAGAAUUGAGACAGGGUUUCGAGAGAAGCUCAAGAAUUGGCAAAGGCUUCCUUAUGUGAAGCCCUACGAGAAGAGGGAGGUGAUUCGUGUCAAAACUUGCGGCGGGACUGAGCGCUUUGAGAAACGUGCUGUGGGGAUUCUUCAUGAAUUUUUAAGCUUGACUGUGGAGAAGUUUGUUGAGGUUGAACGGUUGUCUCAUUUUAGGAGGGAUUUCAACAUGGAAGUCAAUAUGAGGGAGUUACUUCUUAAACAUCCUGGAAUUUUCUCUAUUUCUACGAAAGGUAGCACACAGACUGUUAUUCUUCGUGAGGCAUACUCGAAAGGUUGCUUGAUCGAGCCUAAUCCCAUAUAUGAAGUUCGUAGGAAAAUGUUAUAUCUAGUUUCAUUAGGAUCACUUUAUUCAAGACAAAUGGGCCAGUUAAAUGAGCUCGAGGAAAGGUACAAGAAAGAAAGUAGCUGUGAAUUGGUUGAUGGUCCAUGCGACGGAGAUUGGGAUAUUUUACAAAAUUCUGACGAACAGCUUGAUGAUAUUAAUGAAAUCUCGAGGGAUCCAUGAGGAGGGUUAAGAGAUAAUUGCGGAUAGACCCCCUGUAGUAUCAUUUUUUAAACUUACUACCACUCUAGUUUUGUUAUUGCAAAUAGAGCCCCCUGAGUGAGAAACUAUUUACUCUUUUACCUUUAGAGGGUCUAUUUGUCAACAACAAUUUUCUCUUUCUUUGAGGGUACAAGUGUAAAAAAUAUUCUCUCAGGAGUCUAUGUGCCAUAACUAAACAACAAGGGCAGUAAGUUCAAAAUAACAGUACUGCAGGAGGUCUAUCCGCAAUUAACCCUUAAUAGAUACAGGGGAGGUAGGUAUGAUAUUGGAAAUUAAAAGUACAUGAGCAUGUGAAGUCUGUGUCUGAUAGAAGGAGAUACAUGGGCCAUCAAGCUAUGCUUAUGAGUUCAUCUAAUACAUUCAAAUCCCUUGUUUGUGGGUUGAUUCGGUUGGACUGAGGAGUUGAUCAUUCUCACAACGCACAGUUUUGGAGGUCUCUCUUCGAUAAUUUUCCGGAACUCUCUGCCUUAAUGAGAACAACCGGCAAAAGAAGAGGAAGCCGAGGAAAAACCGACUGCAAUAUAUUAUGAGGAAACCUAAGCUUAAUCAUAUGAAUGUGAACGUGCAAGUGUUUGCAACUCCUAUUGAUGUCAUACUAUGGCCAUGUUCAGAGGAAGUUCUUUAUGUAUUAAGUUAGCAAGACAUAAAUGGAUGCAUUGUAAAGAUUGAAUCUCAAGGAAUGAAAAUUUUCUUGUUGGCAUGAA